ACCACUUGCUUCACAACACACAUUUUUGAAUAAACCGUUUAAAUUGUGUCUGCAGCUACAGUUAGGGUGUGGUGAUUCUGUCCUGUAGAAUUCCUUGUUUGAAGAGAGCAGAAGUGAAAGUUGCCGUAUCAUUUCUGUACCAAACGAAGAGAGGUACAUGUAUUUCAUCUGAUUAAAAUAGGACUUCACAUACAUACCGAAGAUGGCAACUAGAAAAGCUGUCAUUCGCUGUAAAAACUGGCCUCCAGAGAAAAAAGAAGAGGUUUUGUUAAGCAAUGGUUUGAACAUGACAGAGGCAGUAAGGGAAACUGUGAGGGUUAUAGACUUCAAUGAUUUUAUCAUCAGUGAUGAAUCCAUAAAAACGAUUCAGCUGGUUGCAGAAUUGCCUCAACCAAUGCCAAGUGAAUUAGGCCCCAUAGGGGCUGGUAUCGGACAGAAGCCAAAGGGGCGCCAAGAAUCACUAAACGUUAUUGGUGGAAACCCUAUGGUGGAUUAUUUAGGUAUUCGGUGGUUAAUUUUCAUCCGAAAGGAGGGCAAUGAUGAACCAACAGACUAUUCAGUUUCAUUCAAUUAGAAUAAUUUGUAGUAUGGUCUUUCAAAUUCAUAUUGCCAAAAAAUACUCUCAAAGACUGUAACAAAGAUUAUUAAAAAUUAGAAUUUUU